UGUCACUCGCUUAAUUAUACUACACUCCUCCUUGUCGGUUCAAUUUUUUCUAUCAGAAAUACUAACCGGAGAAGAUGUCGUAUAACGAUAAUCACAAUUAUUAUGACCCCAAUCAGCAACACCAGGGUGUUGCUGGGGGUCAUCCAGAUGGUUAUUAUCAACAAGAUGUUUAUGAUGAUAUGAAUGGUGCUGGUGCCCAUCCAGAUUAUUAUGAUCCAAAUGUUCAAUAUCAACAACAACCUUACGAUAUGGAUGGUUACCAAAAUGCUCAAUAUGGUGUUCAUCCUCAAGCCGGUGCUGGUGGUUAUAACGCUGAUCCUGAAGCCUUUUCUGACUUUAGUUACGGUGGUCAAACCCCUGGUACUCCCGGUUAUGAUCAAUACGGUACCCAAUAUACUCCUUCCCAAAUGAGUUAUGGUGGCCCAAGAUCAUCUGGUGCUUCAACCCCAAUUUAUGGUGGCAAUCCAAAUUAUGAUCCAACUCAAUUUCAAUUAUCUUCAAAUUUACCUUAUCCUGCUUGGAGUGCUGAUCCUCAAGCUCCAAUUAAAGUUGAACAUAUUGAAGAUAUUUUCAUUGAUUUGGCUAAUAAAUUUGGUUUUCAAAGAGAUUCUAUGAGAAAUAUGUUUGAUUAUUUCAUGACUCUAUUGGAUUCAAGAGCUUCUCGUAUGUCUCCAGCUCAAGCUUUAUUAUCUUUACAUGCUGAUUAUAUUGGUGGUGAUAAUGCCAAUUAUAAAAAAUGGUUUUUCGCUUCUCAACAAGAUUUAGAUGAAUCUAUCGGUUUUGCUAAUAUGAAAUUAGGUAAAGUUGGUAAAAAAGCUAGAAAAGCUUCUAAAAAAUCUAAAAAGGCUAGAAAAGCUGCUGAAGAUUUAGGUCAAGAUGCUGAUGCUUUAGCUGCUGAAUUAGAAGGUGAUUAUUCUUUAGAAGCUGCUGAAAUUAGAUGGAAAACUAAAAUGAAUGCUUUGUCUCCUGAAGAACGUGUAAGAGAUAUUUCUCUUUACUUGUUAAUUUGGGGUGAAUCUAAUCAAGCUCGUUUUACUCCUGAACUUAUUUGUUACAUUUAUAAAACAGCUUUUGAUUAUUUAUUAUCUCCUCAAUGUCAACAAAGACAAGAACCAGUUCCAGAAGGUGAUUACUUAAAUCGUGUUAUCACUCCAAUCUAUCGUUUCUUAAGAUCUCAAGUUUAUGAAAUUUAUGAAGGUAGAUUUGUUAAACGUGAAAAAGAUCAUAAUAAAGUUAUUGGUUAUGAUGAUGUUAAUCAAUUAUUUUGGUAUCCUGAAGGUAUUUCAAGAAUUAUUUUCAAUGAUGGUACUAGAUUGGUUGAUAUUCCUCAAGAAGAACGUUUCUUAAGAUUAGGUGAAGUUGAAUGGUCAAAUGUUUUCUUUAAAACUUAUAAAGAAAUUAGAACUUGGUUACAUUUUAUCACUAAUUUCAAUAGAAUCUGGAUUAUUCAUGCUACUAUCUAUUGGAUGUAUACUGCUUAUAACUCUCCAACCAUUUAUACUUUACAUUAUGUUCAAACUGUUAACAAUCAACCAACUGCUUCUUCUAGAUGGGCUGCUGCUGCUAUUGGUGGUAUCAUUGCUUCAUUUAUUCAAAUUCUUGCUACUUGUUUUGAAUGGAUGUUCGUUCCAAGAGAAUGGGCUGGUGCUCAACAUUUAACUCGUCGUUUAUUAUUUUUGAUUUUGAUUUUCUUAGCUAACUUGAUUCCUGUUGUUUAUGUCUUUUAUUGGGCUGGUUUAGCUGCUGUUUCAAAAUCAGCUUUAAUUGUUGGUAUUGUCGGUUUCUUCAUUGCUAUAGCUACUUUGGUUUUCUUCGCCAUUAUGCCAUUAGGUGGUUUAUUCACAUCUUACUUGAAUAAGAGAAAUAGAAGAUAUAUCGCUUCUCAAGCUUUCACCGCUAACUUCAAUAAAUUAAGAGGUUUAGAUAUGUGGAUGUCUUAUCUUAUUUGGGUUGCUGUUUUUGGUGCUAAAUUAUCUGAAUCUUAUUUCUUCUUGACUUUGUCUUUAAGAGAUCCUAUCAGAAAUUUAUCUACUAUGAACAUGAGAUGUGUUGGUGAAUAUUGGUUUGGUGAUCAACUUUGUAAACAUCAAGGUAAAAUUGUGCUUGGUUUGAUGUAUCUUGUUGAUUUCUUGUUGUUCUUCUUAGAUACUUAUAUGUGGUGGAUUAUCUGUAACUGUAUUUACUCAGUUGGUCGUUCAUUCUACUUGGGUAUCUCUAUCUUAACUCCAUGGAGAAACAUUUUCACUAGAUUACCAAAGAGAAUUUACUCUAAGAUUUUGGCUACUACUGAAAUGGAAAUUAAAUAUAAACCAAAGGUUUUAAUUUCUCAAAUUUGGAAUGCUAUUGUUAUUUCCAUGUACAGAGAACAUUUAUUAGCUAUUGACCAUGUCCAAAAAUUAUUGUAUCACCAAGUUCCUUCUGAAGUUGAAGGUAAACGUACUUUGAGAGCUCCAACUUUCUUCGUUUCUCAAGAUGAUAACAAUUUUGAAACUGAAUUUUUCCCAAGAGAUUCUGAAGCUGAACGUCGUAUUUCUUUCUUUGCUCAAUCAUUAGCUACACCAAUUUUAGAACCAUUGCCAGUUGAUAAUAUGCCAACUUUUACUGUUUUCACUCCUCACUAUUCUGAAAAGAUUUUAUUAUCUUUAAGAGAAAUCAUUAGAGAAGAUGACCAAUUCUCAAGAGUUACUUUAUUAGAAUACUUGAAACAAUUACAUCCAGUUGAAUGGGAAUGUUUUGUUAAAGAUACUAAGAUCUUGGCUGAAGAAACUGCUGCUUAUGAAAAUGGUGAUGAUCCAGAAAAGGCUAAUGAAGAUGGUUUGAAAUCAAAGAUUGAUGACUUACCAUUCUACUGUAUUGGUUUCAAAUCUGCUGCACCUGAAUAUACCUUAAGAACUAGAAUUUGGGCUUCUUUAAGAUCCCAAACUUUGUACCGUACUGUUUCUGGUUUCAUGAAUUAUGCUAGAGCUAUCAAAUUAUUAUACCGUGUUGAAAACCCUGAAUUAGUUCAAUACUUUGGUGGUGAUCCAGAAGGUUUAGAAUUAGCUUUAGAAAAAAUGGCAAGAAGAAAAUUCAAAUUUAUUGUUGCUAUGCAAAGAUUGGCCAAAUUCAAAGACGAUGAAAUGGAAAAUGCUGAAUUCUUAUUACGUGCUUACCCUGAUUUACAAAUUGCUUACUUGGAUGAAGAACCUCCAUUAAAUGAAGAAGAAGAACCAAGAGUUUAUUCUGCUUUAAUUGAUGGUCACUGUGAAAUGUUGGAAAAUGGUCGUCGUCGUCCUAAAUUCAGAAUUCAAUUAUCUGGUAAUCCAAUUUUGGGUGAUGGUAAAUCUGAUAAUCAAAAUCAUUCUAUUAUCUUCCAUCGUGGUGAAUAUAUUCAAUUAGUUGAUGCUAAUCAAGAUAACUAUUUGGAAGAAUGUUUGAAGAUUAGAUCUGUCUUAGCUGAAUUCGAAGAAUUGAAUGUUGAACACGUUAACCCUUAUGCUCCAAACUUAAAAGACUCUGAAAAAGAACAAAACUCUCCUGUUGCUAUUUUGGGUGCUCGUGAAUAUAUUUUCUCCGAAAACUCUGGUAUUCUUGGUGAUGUUGCUGCCGGUAAGGAACAAACUUUUGGUACUUUAUUCGCUAGAACUUUGGCUCAAAUUGGUGGUAAAUUGCAUUAUGGUCAUCCGGAUUUCUUAAAUGCUACUUUUAUGUUAACUAGAGGUGGUGUUUCUAAGGCUCAAAAAGGUUUACAUUUGAAUGAAGAUAUUUAUGCUGGUAUGACUGCUGUCUUAAGAGGUGGUAGAAUUAAACAUUGUGAAUAUUACCAAUGUGGUAAAGGUAGAGAUAUGGGUUUCGGUUCUAUUUUAAAUUUCACAACUAAGAUUGGUGCUGGUAUGGGUGAACAAAUGUUGUCUCGUGAAUAUUACUACUUGUCUACUCAAUUACCUUUGGAUCGUUUCUUAUCUUUCUACUAUGGUCAUCCUGGUUUCCAUAUUAAUAACUUGUUUAUUCAAUUAUCUUUGCAAGUUUUUAUUUUGGUUUUGGCUAACUUGAACUCUUUGGCUCAUGAAUCUAUUAUUUGUCAGUAUAAUAGAAAUGUUCCUGUCAGAGAUAUCUUGUAUCCUUUGGGUUGUUACAAUCUUAGUCCAGCUAUUGAUUGGAUUAGACGUUAUACCUUAUCCAUUUUCAUUGUUUUCUUCAUUUCUUUCAUUCCAUUGAUUGUUCAAGAAUUGAUUGAACGUGGUGUUUGGAGAGCUGCUCAAAGAUUGAUUCGUCACUUUAUUUCCUUGUCACCAAUGUUUGAAGUUUUCGUUGCCCAAAUUUAUUCUACUUCUUUAUUCACCGAUUUAACUGUUGGUGGUGCUAGAUAUAUCUCAACUGGUAGAGGUUUUGCUACUUCUCGUAUUCCAUUCUCUAUCUUAUAUUCAAGAUUUGCUGAUUCUUCUAUCUACAUGGGUGCUAGAUGUAUGUUGGUCUUAUUAUUCGGUACUGUUUCUCACUGGCAAGCUCCAUUGUUAUGGUUCUGGGCUUCUUUAUCUUCAUUGAUGUUCUCUCCAUUUAUUUUCAACCCUCAUCAAUUUGCUUGGGAAGAUUUCUUCAUUGAUUACCGUGAUUUUAUUAGAUGGUUAUCUCGUGGUAACACUAAAUGGCACAGAAAUUCUUGGAUUGGUUACGUUCGUCUUUCCAGAUCUAGAAUUACUGGUUUCAAACGUAAGUUGACUGGUGAUAUUUCUGAAAAAGCUGCCGGUGAUGCUUCCAGAGCUCACAGAUCUAAUGUUAUUUUUGCUGAUUUCAUUCCAUGUCUUAUUUACACUGCUGGUUUGUAUGUUGCUUAUACUUUCAUCUGUGCUCAAACUGGUGUUACCAAGAAUUCUUACACCUUUAAUGGAUCAACUGAACCAAUUCAUGUUAACUCUACUGUCAGAGUUGUUAUUUGUGCUUUAGCCCCAGUUCUUAUUGAUAUGGGUGUUCUUGGUUUCUGUCUUGGUUUAGCAUGUUGUGCCGGUCCAUUAUUAGGUUUAUGUUGUAAGAAGACUGGUGCUGUCAUUGCUGGUGUUGCCCAUGGUUUUGCUGUUGUCAUUCAUUUGAUUUUCUUCAUUGUCAUGUGGGUCUUGUCUGGUUUCAAUUUUGCUAGAAUGUUAUUAGGUGUUAUCACCAUGAUUUACAUUCAAAGAUUAUUAUUCAAAUUCUUAACCUUAACUUGUUUGACUAGAGAAUUUAAGAAUGAUAAAGCUAACACUGCUUUCUGGACUGGUAAAUGGUAUGGUUCAGGUUUAGGUUACAUGGCUUUAACUCAACCAGCUCGUGAAUUCUGUGCUAAAGUUAUUGAAAUGUCUGAGUUUGCUGGUGAUUUCAUCUUGGCUCAUCUUAUCUUGUUUGUUCAACUCCCAAUCUUGUGUGUUCCAUUAAUUGACAGAUGGCAUUCAACUAUGUUGUUCUGGUUGAAACCUUCAAGAUUAAUCAGACCUCCAAUUUACUCUUUAAAACAAGCUAAAUUAAGAAAGAGAAUGGUUAGAAAAUACUGUACUUUAUACUUUUUGAUUUUAAUCUUAUUUGUUAUUGUUAUUGCUGCUCCUGCCAUUGCAUCUAAAUUUAUUGCUGAAGAUACUGGUUCUACUCUUUCUGGUGUUAUGCAAGGUCUUUUCCAACCAAGAAAAGUUGAUAACAACGAUACUGGUAAGAAGAUUCCUUCAUACUAUAAAGGUAGUUCUGUUACUUACUGGAGUUACACUCCAAAGAGUAAAGGUUACACUACUAAACCUUAAGCAAUUUAAUUUACAAACUUUUUUUCUUUAUUUACUUGUUAUUUUACUUUUUAUCUUUUAUAUAUGUUUGGAAAAAC